AUGAUUGCUUUUGAAAUAAUUAUCUUAGUCCUAAGUGUAUACUCAGGAAUAUCAUGCUUACUAUUAAUGUUUCCUCGGAUUUUAUUCAAAAAGAAAAAUAAAUUAAAACUACCUUAACCUCCAACUUCUCUUAAUAAAUAUAUCCAUGCCCAUAGAGGUGGAGGAGCAUUCGAGAUAAUUGAAAGUACUAUUGAAUCUUUUCAACAUUCAGAAAAAAUUGGAGUUCAUCUUGUAGAGUGUGAUAUUCAAAUGACAAAAGAUAAAGUUCUUAUAGCAUUUCAUGAUGAUGAUUUCUUACGAACUUGUGGAUUGAAUUAAAGAGUAAAUCAAACAAAUUUUAACGACCUCCCACAUCCUAAAAGUCCUAUCCCAAUAUGGUUUUCAUAUGGGGAAUCAUACGUUUUUACGACUGAAAUUAAACCAUAAAUAGUUUCGCUUUAACAGGUGUUUGAGACUCUACCAGUUACCACAGUUGUAAUGCUUGAACUCAAAGAUAGUUAAGAUCCAGAGGCUAGGAAUUAACUUAUUGGACUUAUCAAAAGAUACAAUCGUUGGAGUACGACUAUAAUAGGGACAGAAUCUAGUAAAAAUAAUGCUCAGAUGGUUAAAUUGUGCAGAGAACAACUUGUCGAAGUCCCAUUUUUUAUGCCAUAAGGAAAAGUAAUCUUGUAUUUCAUUCUAUAUAUUUUUGGAAUGUUGCCAUUUGUACCUAUCAAUGAAGAUGUUGCUUCUCUUCCUUAUAUGAGUAAUUAGUAUGCUUGGGCUAAAUGGAAAUAGGAAAGAAGCUUUUUUACUCUAUUGUAUAUACCAAUCACAUGGAUAAUGAGUCAUUUGUGUGAUCCAAUGAUUAGACAUUUUAAUCUCAGGGGUAUUUAUACAAAUUACUAUGUGAUUAAUGAAGAAGAUGAUAUCAAAAUUGUUCUUCAGACAACAAGUAUUUAGGGCAUAAUGACUGAUAAACCAACAUUAGCUCUAAAUGUCUUAAAAAGGCUAAAUUUAAAUUGA